AUGUCAGCCCCAAGUCCCCCCCGAGACGGCGAUGUAAAUCGUGGACCAAGCCUAUUAGCCAUUUUCUGGGCUGAAGUAGGCAUUUCAACCACUUUCGUCGCCCUUAGAUUCUACACCAGAGCAAAAACAGGGUAUAUUGGAGCUGAUGACUGGACGAUCCUGGUGACUCUGGUUAUGAACACAACCACACUAUCCCUUUGCACGGUUUUGGUGCACUACGGUCUUGGUCGCCACAUCUACUACAUUCCGGUGAAUCACCUAUCCGAGAUGAAAAGGUGGAACUGGGUCGUGCAGCCUUUCGGUAUCUUGACUCUUCCCGUAGGGAAGAUCUCGGUCGUCCUUCUGCUCGAGCGGCUCGUAGGGCAUACCUCUACUCGACUUCGGUGGUUCUUAUGGGCCAACAUGGCCUUAUUCACUGCUUCCAUGGUUGCGUCGUCCAUCCUCAACUUCGCGCAAUGCAAUCCACCCCGCGCACUUUGGUCUGACGUACCGGGAGCCGUCUGUCUACAUCCCACCAUCCAGGCCAAUUAUGCCACAUUCACCUGCGCCUACAGCUCAUUCCUCGACUUUGUCCUAGCUCUCGUCCCCGUAACCUUCGUAUGGAAACUCAGGAUGUCUACCCGGAGAAAGAUCGGCCUCUGCAUCUUGCUUGGUAUGGGUGUCCUCUCUGGUGUCUGUGCCGCAAUCAAGACGGUUCAGUCAAGCAAUCUCAGCGUCCGAGAAGAUGUGUCAUGGGAGCUCUUCUCGCUUUAUGCAUGGAGCUCUUCCGAGAUUUCCCUCAAUAUUGUCUGUGCCUGCGUCCCGACUCUUAAGCCUCUCUUUGACUACCUAACAAAGAACAAGCCGCUCCGACGGGGGAGUAGCAGCGGCGAUAGCCGCCCGAAGGGCUCGCCGCCGCAACCGCUCCAUCUCCAUCGUACUAAGCGGAAACCAUACGGACAUUGCUCGGCGCUCGAUACCAUAGCCAGUACUCGUUCCGAGACUGCAGAGCUGGUAUGA